AAAUCCAUUCAUUUGAUUCGCCGAUAUGCCAAAUAACCAGCUUAUCUUCGUUUAAAUGGCCACCUACCUACCUAGCUAUUUGUUGAUUUAAUCACGGGGAUUGCAAUAGUUUUGGGUUUUCUCAAGAUGCAAGUAACCUACAGAAAUGCAAGUAGACGUUCACUUAUGCGCUUAUUCCUACAAGGAUAAGAUGUCUAGUUGUGUAUAAAUACCCUGAGUAAACUCUUCCCACUAGCUAAGAAUCCGGAGACGAUACGGUACCUAAGGAGCAGAGGCCAAGAUCACCCGCUAGUAUCAUGGCUGUUACCAAUUUUUCUUCUAGGAUUCAGCCCACUAUUAUUGACAUUCGCCACCCAAAGUUAGAGGGCUCUAUUUACGAAAGAGUCGUCGAUGGCCUUACGAAUGAACCCAAGACACUCCCAGCCCUGCUAUUCUACAGCGCCGAGGGACUACGGCAUUGGAUUCAUCACUCUCAUGGGCUUGAAUUCUACCCGAGACACGAAGAGGUUCGGAUUUUGAAAGAAAAGGCUCAUGCAAUGGCAUCUGCUAUUGCCCAUGACAGCGUGGUCGUCGACAUGGGAAGCGCAAGCCUCGACAAGGUAAUUUAUCUCCUAAACGCCUUGGAAGUCCAGAAGAAGAAUAUCACCUACUAUGCUCUAGAUCUCAAUGCCGCUGAGCUCGCAUCAACUUUAGAAGCGAUUCCGACGGAGGAUUUUCACCACGUCCGGUUUUCCGCGCUGCACGGGACAUUUGAAGAUGGGUUGCAAUGGCUCAAGGAGACACCAGAAGUCCGAGACCUGCCACACUGCAUGCUUUUGUUGGGUCUGACAAUCGGCAACUACUCCCGAGCGAAUGCCGCGGCCUUUUUGCGGCAGAUCGCGGAAGAUGCUCUGUCAGGGAAAGCUAGCCAGAGUUCUUCCAUCCUGGUUACGAUCGAUAGUUGCAAGGUCCCCACGAAAGUUCUACGGGCUUACACCAGCGAUGGCGUAGUACCUUUCGCGCUCGAGGCGUUGAGAUACGGCAAUAUACUUCUAGGACAAGGAAAGGAGGGGAAGGUAGUAUUCAAUCCUGAGGAAUGGUACUUCCACAGCGAGUGGAAUCACAUCAUCGGUCGCCACGAGGCCUCGUUAAUUUCGCGCUGUGGGGACAUCAAACUUGGGCCUCCCUUGGACGGCGUGGUGGUAACACGGGAGGAGAAGGUUCGGUUUGGUUGCAGUUAUAAGUACGACACGCUGGAAAGGGAAACACUUAUUUCAUUGGCGGGAUUGAGGAAUUCAAGGACCUGGGAAGUUGACGGGUGUGAUGUUGCUUUCUAUGAGCUAAAGUUGAAAGGGGUCUGAUAUGAUACAAUGUGCUACAUCUACUCAUCGAAUUGGCGUCCCUGAUAUUGGUUUUACUUGGCCUGAUUAGGAAAUAGCUACUAAUAUGGCUAUUGAAGGCUAGGUAGUGAGUGUCUUUGGUGCGUCAUGCGAUCUGUGCAUCUCUUGGUUACCUGGUACCUAGUUUCAGCUUGAAGUUUUAUAGUACCGGUAUGCAUGUGUAGCAUGUAAUCAGCUGAACUUCAACUUUAGG